AACAAUCUUCACAAGUAACAAAGUUCCCGACAGUGAAGAUAAAACUUUACUCUAUAUUAAAUAAGCAUAAGAAUAAUUUUAUCGAACAUUUCAAUUCGUUGUUGAAGCAUAAGGCACAGUCUUGGCAGUAAGGUUCCCUGUCUUAUAUACUAUUAGCCUCACAAUCACAAGGAACCAGUUGGAGGGAUCGGAAAUCAUAACUUUCGACAGGACCCACGAGGCUCCCCGGCGACGCAUCCGCCAGCCGAGACUUGGACCUCCCGCUUCGUGGAGGAGCACCUGUCGCCGUGGGGCGCCCGGAAGAGCCUGCCCCCGACGCCCCUCGGCCGACCCCCUCGCUCCCUCCGCCGGCCGGCCGCGGGAGCCCCCGACCCCCUGCCGAGGCGUGGGCUCCCCCCGCCGGAUACCAGGUGAUGGGGAAGCCCCGGCCGCACUGCUUCCCUCGCAGGAGCGGCUGCCCGACCCUCCCGCGCCUGACGCUGGUGCUGACGCUGCUGGUCCUCGCCGCAAGCAGAGUGCAAGGCGAGGGCAGAGAGCCUCGGAUCACCGAACACCCGACGAAUUGGACUGUGCCCCGCAAUGACCCCGUGACCCUCAACUGUGGCACCGAGGGCCGUCCCGAACCCGUGAUCACGUGGUACAAAGACGGCGUCCCGGUGAAGCCCUCCCCGCAUCGCUUCAUCCUGCCGACGGGCUCGCUGUUCUUCCUGAAGGUGACGCAGAGCAAGAAGGAGAACGACGCCGGGGUCUACUGGUGCGUCUCCACCAACCGGCUUGGGAGCGCGAGGUCGCAGAACGCGUCGCUGCAGAUUGCUUUUCUGAGAGAUGACUUCCGAACCUCGCCGACGGGAACGCGGGUGGUGGCCGGGGAGAGGGCGGAGUUGGAGUGCUCCCCCCCUCGUGGCCAUCCGGAACCCCUUGUACUGUGGAUGAAGGACGGAAACAAACUCCCGCUGGAUCACAGAGUGUAUGUUGGCGAAGGAGGGAAACUCAUCCUCACGGAGACUCUUCAGACUGACGAAGGAAGCUACACGUGCGUCGCCUCCAACCUCGUGGGCACCAGAUUCUCCGAGCCGGCUAUACUGGCUGUGCAGGUGCGCCCCUUCUUCGUGCGUCUCCCUGGCGACGUCACAGCGAUGACCGGAGGAGAGGCCAUCCUCCGGUGCCGUGCUGGAGGGUCGCCGCCCCCUCACGUGCUCUGGAGGAGGCACGACGGUCGGAUGCCGGUCGGUCGGGCGCGCCUCGAUGCCGACUACACCUUGAGGAUCACCGAACUCACCGUGGACGACGCUGGGGUGUACAUAUGCCAGGCCGAAAACGCCGUCGCUACCGUGGUGGCCAACGCUACGCUGACUGUCUAUGACUCGCCUCGCUUGGUGUCCGGGCCCGUGGACGUGUCUGUGGUGCUGAACACGACGGUGCGCCUCCCCUGCUACGGGCGCGGCACUCCCCCGCCCACGCCCGUGUGGACGCACUCCUCCCUGCCGCAGCAGCCCCUUAGCCCCGGGUGGGCGGGCCAGCACGCCUCCGUCACCAGGGAUGGCACGCUGGUGCUCACGCCCGCAAGCGAGGACCAGGGAGGUUCUUGGACCUGUUCGCUGGUGAGUGAGGCCGGAGCCGCCCACGCCCGCGCCUGGCUCACCCUGGUCGCCCCCCGAGACACCCCGCCGCCCAUCAUCAGCGUCCCGCCCGCCAACCAGACUCUCCCCGCCCGAACGCACGCCACUCUGCACUGCCGCGUACAGGGCCCGCCGACGCCCACGCUUACCUGGUACCGAGGUGCGGCGCCCGUGCGGACCGACGGAAAGAGGAUCUCCGUGAGCAGGGAAGGCGACCUCACCAUCACCAGCCUUCACGAGACAGACAGCGGCUGGUACACCUGCCUGGCCGAGUCGUGGUCUGGUUCUGCCCAAGCCUCCGCCUCGCUGCUCGUCGUGGGCGGCGAGGACCCUCAGGCCGCCCGCAGUUUCCGUCGCGCGCCCGUGCCCUCAGCCCUGCCCGGUCCGCCCUCCCGCCCUCGCGUGACCAGCCUCACCAACGCCUCCGUCACCCUGGUGUGGGCGCCUCCCAUCUCCGUGGGCGAGGCUCCUCUCCUGGGCUACACCCUCGAGUCCUUCACGCCCACGGGGGAGAGCAGGAGCGGCCUGUGGCGUGUGGUGGCGCGCGGCCUCACCGACCCCCGCUACACCGCCACCCUGGAGACCGGCCGCCCGCAGGUGUUCGUGGUGAGGGCGGCCAACUCGCUCGGGGAGUCACCGCCCUCGCCCUGGUCGCAGGUGGUGGUCGUGGGCGGCCCCGAGAGCGUGACGCGCCUCGAGCACCAGGGGCCGCUGCAGGGGCGCCUCCUCAACCUGUCCUCCCUGGCCACCCUCACGUCCUCCUCCAUGAAGAUCACGUGGAAGGUGACUGGCGAAAACUCCAAGUUCGAGGGCGUCUACGUGCACUACCGCCCGCGUCGCUCCCUCCACGCCCUCCAUCUGUCUCCCCAGGUCGAGUCCCCUCCCACAUACACCUCCCCUCCAUCUUCUUACUCGUCCUCCUCUUCCUCCUCCUCCUCCUCCUCCUCCUCGUCAUCUUCCUCUUCCUCUUCCCCAUCCACCUCUUCGGAAGACUAUCUCCCUUGGGAUACCGUCACUGUGAUGAAUGCAGGAGCUUCGAGCUAUGAGCUGACGCGGCUGAUACCCAACACAGAGUACGAGGUGUUUCUUGUCCCCUUCGUCAGGACCGAGGAAGGCUUCCCGACGGCGCUCAGGGUCAAUACUACUCACCAGGACGCUCCAGCAGGACCUCCCCAGGACGUGUCAGUGCAUCUGGUCAACCUAACCCAUGCCUCCGUGACCUGGCGUCCUCCCGAGGCUGACCUUCAACACGGGGUCAUAACUGGAUAUCAGAUCCUCACGCUUGUCAACGACAGUUCCGUUUUUCUCAACAAAACUGUGAACUCGUCUGCAUUCAGCUACCAGCUGGCACCCCUCAUCCCUGGCCACACCUACUCAAUCAGCCUAUUGGCUCUAUCCAAGAUGGGGGCGGGGCCAUCGUCACAACCAAUUAGACUUCAGACAGACCCAGCCCUGCUCAAUCCUUUAGCCAAUCGGCAUGCUGGAUCCGAGGGUGUGGUCCGUGAAGCAUGGUUCAUCGUAUUAGUGGGCGGAGCAAUGUUCUUCCUGUUGUUGGUGUUUGUGGUUCUGCUGUACAUAAGGAGGUACCACAACAAGGCAUCGAAACUCCCAACAUUGAAUGGUAAAAAAUGAGAUGAUACGUCGCAUGUUCAGAUAAUGUAUUUGUGAAUAUCAUUACUAUCAGUCUUUUUUGUUAUUAUUUCUGCGAUUAUUUUUUUAUUAUUACCAGCCUUAAUGUUUUAUUGUUGAUGUUAUGAUUACUAUUUUUAUUAUUUACCAUUAUAACUGGUAAUAGCAGUAGUGGUAGUAGUUGUAGUAGUAAUUGUAGUUCUGUUCUAUUCGGUUUUGUUCUGGCAAUUUUCAUACCUGUGCAUGUAAGUAAAUCCCAGGUAAUUAAA